GUAUAAAAAGGUGAGUUCCACGAAAUUUGGUAGCAUAGUUAAAAAACUCGUUAAGGAAUAUCAAAGUCGGUGAAGAAAAUGAUAAGAUUAUUAGGUUUUUGUGCUCUGCCGUACUUAAUGGUUGUGAAUUACCAAUUUUAAGCGCAAAUUAAAAAAAAAAAUCCCCGAUAAGUUAUUGCUUUUAAAAGUGAAAGGGUGUAAUAUUUUAAAUUGAAUUUCUAAGGAAAUUAGGAAAUUAGUGAUGAAGCUUCAAAUGGAGAAUGGAAUUACCCUUUUUGAGGGUAAAUUCAACGCAGAUGCAAUUUUUCGGCAGAAGAUCUGCGAAGAGAAGGAAGUUGGUCAGGACGAGGCGCUCUAUCUCUGCAAUUUAUCAGAUGUAGCCAGAAAGUAUGAUAUCUGGCGCCAAAAAAUGCCACGUGUGAAGCCUUUUUAUGCCGUGAAGUGCAACAUGGAUGAGAAUGUGAUCAGAAUGAUGGCCAAAUUGGGAAUGGGCUUCGAUUGUUCUUCCAUAGAAGAGUUUAAAGUCGUUCUUAAGUGCGGAGUUACUCCUGAUAGAAUUAUUUAUGCACACCCUUAUAAAGCUGUCUCGCACCUUCGUUAUAGUGCUGCUAACAAUAUAGACGUUAUGACAUUUGAUUCAAUGGAAGAGCUCGAAAAGAUUCGACUUGUAUUUCCAAGAGCAAAAUUAGUUCUUCGCAUCCGUUGUGAUGCAGAGAAAGCCUAUGCUCCUAUUGGUGACAAAUUCGGAUGUGAUCCAGAACUCGAAUCCAGACAAUUGCUCACUAAAGCCAAGAAUCUUGGUUUGUCUGUUAUUGAGAUCAGUUUCCACGUUGGUAGUGGCUGUGAAGAUCCUCCGUCAUUUCGAAAAGCAAUUGCUGCAGCCCGUAACUUAUUCGAUUAUGCUGCUACUCUGGGAUAUCGAAUGACCUUGCUUGACAUUGGAGGAGGAUUUCCUGGAGAAACCGGCAGUGACAUUGGCGUGAUUGCGGACGUUGUGAAUACCGCACUUGAGGAUCAUUUUCCACCAGGACACGACAAUGUGAAAAUUAUUGCAGAGCCAGGAAGGUUUUUUGUAUCAUCUGCUUUCACUUUGGGUGCAACUAUUCAUUCAAAGAAGCAACUCCUGGAUACGGAUGGGAAUGUGUAUCAUGUGAAGUAUAUUAUCAAUGACGGCGUACAUGGAACCUUUAACUUCCUUUUGUACGGCAUUCCUUUAGGAUCAUGCUAUGCUCUGCAUAGGAAAGCUUUCGACAAGAAAGUGAUCAAAGAUUCACUUGUACAAUCCUCACUCUUGGGUCCAACCUGUAACGGAUUCGAUAAGAUGUCAGAGAAUAUGGUCCUACCACAUCUUGACAUUGGGGAUAUUAUUGUAUUUCCCAACAUGGGAGCAUACACUGUUAGCUUGUCCAGUACAUUUAAUGGCUUUCCGAAGCCACGAAUAAUGUAUUACCAGGAGCUAAGGGAUUCCAUUGAUCCAGAUCCUGUCAUCAACAUUAGUGAAAAGAAAACACUGAAGUGUCCAAACGGGAACCUUUUUCAACGCUUCAAACGCUCUUUUCAAAAAGAUGAUCGACCAGCUUUUUAUGUUUAUUAAUGAAGUGAUCAAGAAUAACUUCAAUUAAUUAAUUAUGAUUAAGAAGAAAAGAACCUUUUUGGGAUAUUAAUGAAAAGUCCGCUAUGAUAGGCUAAGUGAUGUCUGGUUCUUGAGGUAUUCCCACCGGAAAUGUUUUUGGAGGCGAACUAUGAGUGUUUAGAGAAAAUGAUAGUGACAUUUGGAUUCCCUGGAUUGACUUUUAGGGUGAUAUUCAGAUGAUCCUAAGUAUUUUUAUUCGUUUUGUUAGAAAAAUCAAUCAAAAUAAUUUUUCCUUUGCAUCAUCAUUGUAAAAUUAAUGACCAUGUGGCUCAGUAAAAAUAUUAAAGUACUCAGAAAAA